GCGAUGACGUUGUGUCAUCUCUCCUGGACUUGAGCAUUCUUCAGGCUCGUCAAAAGUGACUCACGAGACACGACAACAUCAUGCGUCGUCUUCCCGCUCUGCUUUCUGACCCUGAUCGCACCGUACCCAUUAUCCCUAUUCGCCUAGGGACAUCUACGAGGGUGUACCACGCUUUAUGGGACUCUGGCUCGCAGGGAGAUUUCAUUCACCCUCGAGUGGUUGAGGAAGCUCGCCUAGCUACCUCUGGGUCUCGCUCACCUAUCUCAGUUACCCUCGGAGAUAACAAGACACAUCGCUUCUUCAAUCAGACGGUCCCCGACCUCCACUUCUCCUUCACCCUCCAACCACCGGAUAGUACCCAGGCGUCUCGGCGCUACCAUUCCUCCGCAUACUUCGACAUGCUGGAGACUGGGUACGACUUUAUCCUUUGCACUCCCUGGUCUCACUGGUUCCGUGGCACAAAGGCCGAAUGGGCGACCGAGACACUCGUUCUCAAAACGAAGUGUGCGGGCGGAACUCUCCGCCUCUGCAUCGACUACCGCGACCUUAAUCGUUACAAGGUAAAGAACAAUUGUCCCAUGCCCCAUGCGGAUGAGCUGUUCGACCGUCUGGCAGACAGCCGCUUCUUCACGAGGAUCGAUCUUCGUAGCAGUUAUCACCCAAUCCGCGUUGCUGCAGAGGAUCAGCCGAAGAUCGCCUUCCGAUUGCGCUUCGACCACUACGCGUUCACGGCGAUGAACGACAUCUUCACGGACAUCCUUAAAGAAUACGUUCUCGUAUACCUGGACGACGUCUUGGUCUACACUCGUGAGGUCAACAUCAAUAUGCACAACUUUCCCUCGUUCAGCAAGAAGGCCCUAGACCUAGAGGCAAAAAUAGGGCAUGGACAUACACCCAUGACGAACGGAAGGAAGAAGGCACUGCCUCCCAACUGGAAGGCGAAGGGCCGCAUAAUGUUAGUGGACAACAAUGGUUUUACCAUCAAGAUAGAAGACGACUUCCAAGCGGGAGCGGGUUCAGAGGCGGGCAGCAUAGAGGUUUUAGGGGGUGGAACAGUCGUUGUCUCUGUCCAGAAAGGUAAGGCGACCGGUAGACACCGUGGAGGUUUUCGGUCUAGGAGUCAAGUUGACCCUAACGCUCCUCCAUGGGAGAAAGCGGGUCUGACAGAGGAUGUGUGGAGAGACAGCGAAUAUGGCAUUGGUGCCGUACUUGCACAGCAGAAGGGGAAAAAGUUGAGGCCGGUAGAGUACAUAUCCAAAAAGAUGCCCUCUCAAAAGUUGGCCAAGUCCACUUAUGAGAAGGAACUCUACGCGAUUUACAAAGCGUUGACUCACUGGAGGCACUACCUCCUUGGUCGCUUCUUCUACGUCAGGACUGAUCAUCAGACCUUGAGGUGGAUGAAGAUUCAACCGAUACUCUCCGAUGCUCUGAAGAGAUGGACCGAAGUCAUAGAGCAAAAUGACUUUGAGCCCCAGUACAUCAGGGGUGUGUACAACAAGGUUGUUGAUGCGUUUUCAUGUAGGUCAGACUUCCUGGGUGCGCUGGUCACUGAAUUUAGGCUUGCGGGCGAUGUUACUCAGUCUUUGGUGGAAGCCUAUCACGAGGAUCCGUUUAUGGUCGAAAUCAUACACAUACUCGAGGCAAAAGACGAAGCAACUAUCGACGAGUUUGUGUUGGUCAAUGACCUGCUGUUCCUUGAGAAGGUCGGGAAUAAACAUUUGUAUGUUCCAAAUCGGGAGUUUUUGUGUACUUUAUUUUUAGGCGAGUGCCAUGAUGCCACCAGACAUUUUGGGUACAGAAAGACUGCAGCAAAUUUGUUGCAACGGUUCUGGUGGCCCACAAUGAUGAGAGAUGUGAAGCUGUAUGUGGAGACUUGUCAGGUAUGCCAGAGAGACAAGCCACGUACACAGGCCCCUCUUGGGCUUCUUAAGCCGCUUCAGAUUCCGGAAAGGUCCACUGAGAGCCUAUCUAUGGAUUUCAUGGAUACGCCGGUCACCAGCAAGCGCGGAAUGAGAUAUGUUUAUGUCAUUGUGGAUAGGUUUAGCAAGUAUGCUAGGUUAGUCGCAAUGACUGCUACAACCAAGACGGAGUAUGUGAUCAAGUUGUUUAAAGAAAACUGGGUCAGAGACUUUGGGCUUCCGAAGUCCAUCGUAAGGGAUCGGGAUGUCCGAUUCACUAGUCUGCUGUACACAUGCAGCAGAGGUGAGGAGCGUCUGUGCAUUCCCCAGGACCGCAAGCUGAGAACACUUCUGAUAUCAGAGUGUCAUGAUGCUCGUGGUCACUUUGGUGCCCUCAAAUCUUAUGCAGCCCUGUCGCAACGCUUCUUCUGGAAGGAGAUGAGGAGUGACAUGCUGCACUAUGUGGAAACCUAUGAUUCGUCUCCUUUUGGAGCGCCUGUUUUGUUUGUCCCCAAGAAGGAAGGAGAGUUGCGCAUGUCUAUAGACUAUAGGGGUCUGAAUGCUAUCACAGUCAAGAAUGUUGAACCACUGCUCGGGAUAGACGAUCUUUUAGAUCGGGUGCAGGGUUGUAAGUAUUUCUCCAAGAUAGAUUUGAAGUCCGGUUACCAUAAGAUAGAAGUCCAUCCUGAUGACCAGUACAAGACUGCGUUCCAGACUCGUUAUGGGCAUUAUGAGUUUAUAGUGAUGACCUUUGGACUGACCAAUGCGCCAGCUACAUUUCAGCAAUGUAUGAAUGACCUGUUUAGGCCUUGGUUAGAUAGAUUUGUCUUAGUAUAUUUAGACGACAUUCUAGUAUUCAGUAGGACCCUCCAGGAGCACCAGGGUCAUUUGAGGCAGGUCUUGGAGAAGCUGAGGGAAGCUAACUUCAAGAUCAACGCAAUGAAGUGCGAGUGGGCCAAGACACAAGUUUUGUACUUGGGCCACGUAUUAGACGGAGAUGGAAUCAAGCCUGAGGACGGUAAGAUAGUGGCAAUUAGAGACUGGUCGAUGCCCCGCACAUUGACAAAGUUGCGGUCGUUUCUGGGCUUAGCUAAUUGUUACAGGAAGUUCGUAAGGAACUUCUCUACUAUCACCGCUCCCUUGCGUAGGUUGCUUAAGAAAGAGGCAAUCUGGCAAUGGGAUAAAGACUGUACGUCUGCGCUAAAUAAAUUAAAGCGCGCAUUGAUAGAGUAUCCUGUCCUCAAGGUAGCAGAUCCGUCUUUGCCAUUUGUCGUCACCACGGACGAGAGUCAGUAUGGAAUAGGCUCCGUGUUGCAGCAAGACGACGACAAUGGCUACAAACCCGUAGAGUUCAUGUCAGCGAGGAUGCCCUCAGAGAAGGUUGCUACCUCGACGUACGAAAGAGAACUCUACGCUCUCAGGCAGGCUUUAGAGCACUGAAAGCAUUACCUGCUUGGGAGGCACUUGAAAGUGUAUUCAGACCACGAGACGCUUAGAUGGUUAAAGACACAG